UCGUUUACGGGUUGAACGUUAUUUGUAAACGAUGGCGAAUAACGGGCCACCAGGUCCACCUAACCCCAUGAUGAGACCGCCACCGUACGGGAUGCCACCUGGAGCUAAUUUUAUGCCCCCACCUAUGGGGCCACCCGACAUGGCUGCCCCGCCCAUGAUGGGGGGCCCACCAGGUUACCAGCCACCCCCAGGGAACAUUCCACCUCCCCACUUCCCCCCUCCAGGGGGGAGACCACCCAUGGGGAUGCCACCAGCUUUCCCCACCCCAGGGGGUCCCAGUAACCCACAGGUCCAAUCUGUCUCUCAGACAGGCUCCUCUUCCAACUCACCUUUAGGGGACAAAGGAGAGAAGAAAGUAUGGACAGAACACAAGGCCCCCGAUGGUCGGACAUACUACUACAACCACCUGACCAAACAGUCCAGCUGGGAAAAACCAGAUGACCUCAAGUCCAAAGCCGAGUUGAUGCUUUCAAACUGUGCAUGGAAAGAAUACAAGUCAGACUCGGGUAAAAUAUACUACCACAAUUCUCAAACCAAGGAGUCUCGAUGGACGAAACCCAAAGAGCUUGAGGAACUGGAGGAUUUGAAAAAUCACCAUAUGAACAAAAAAAUGGUUGUCAAGAAAACGCAAGAGAAUGUUUCAGGGGGAGGGGACACAGCAGCAGUGAUCACAGCACCCCCUACUUCAGUGGCAGCGCCCCCUGCCGGCAGUAUAACACUUCCACAACAGCCGGCCAAACCGUCAUCUGCAAUCCAAGCCGCAAUGCAGGCUACCCUAGCUUCCAUUAAACUACCACCACCAACCCCCGCAGCAAAGGUGGAGAAAGAGAAGAAAGAAAGCAGUGAUGAAGAAGAGGAGAAGCCGAAGAAGGAGGUUGUCCCCCUUGUUUUCAAAAACAAAAAGGAGGCAAUGGAGGCAUUUAAAAGUUUACUGAAGGAAAAGGGUGUGUCCUCAAAUGCAAGCUGGGAGCAAGCGCUGAAGCUGAUCGUGAACGACCCGCGAUACGGAGCCCUCAAACAGCUGAACGAGAGGAAACAGGCGUUUAACGAGUACAAGACGAAGAGAGCUAAAGAGGAGAAGGAGGAGCAGCGACUUCGAGCUAAACAGGCUAAGGAGGAUCUGGAACACUUCCUUCUUCAUGCAGACAAAAUGAACUCCAACGUCAAAUACUGGAAAGCAGAUGAUCUUUUUGGUGACCAGGAUGUAUGGAGACGAGUGGAGGAUCGAGACCGACGAGAAAUCUUUGAUGAUGUUGUUCAUAUGCUUGCAAAAAAGGAGAAGGAAGAGUCAAAAUCACUAAGGAAACGAAAUACCAAGGUGUUCACAGAGAUCCUGGACAGUAUGCCGAGUCUGACUUUCUGCACGACGUGGUCCGAGGCUUCACAGAUGCUGUUAGACAACCCACGAUUUACUGAUGACCCUGACCUCCACAAUAUGGAUAAGGAAGAUGCAUUAAUUUGUUUUGAGGAGCACAUCAGGUUGUUAGAACAAGAGAAUGAUGACGAAAAGGAACGAGAGAGACGGAGAGUUAAGCGACAACAGAGGAAGAAUAGAGAGGGUUUUUUGGUUUUGUUGGACGAGUUACAUGAGCAGGCCAAAUUAAAUUCAAUGUCGCUGUGGAUGGACCUUUACCGGAUCAUUAGCCAAGACGUGCGGUUCACCAACAUGUUGGGACAACCAGGAUCCACUCCUCUUGACCUUUUUAAAUUUUACGUGGAAGAUCUCAAAGCCAGGUUCCAUGAUGAGAAGAAAAUUGUGAAAGAAAUUCUAAAGGACAAAGGUUUCCUCGUAGAAGUCAGUACGUUGUUUGAGGAUUUUGCCUCCCAGAUUGCUGCAGACAGGAGAGCUGCUGGGCUGGACACCGGAAACAUCAAACUCACUUAUAACAGUUUGAUAGAGAAAGCUGAAGCCCGAGAGAAGGAGAGACUGAAGGAGGAAGCCAGAAAGCUGCGUAAACUGGAGAAUCAGUUCCGAGCGGCGCUGAAGGUGUUCCAUCCCCCGAUCGAACCAGACACUAAGUGGGAGGAGGUGAAAGAUAAGCUGGAGAAGGAUCCAGUGUUUGAAGCCAUUACCCUGGAAUCGGAGAGGAUCCGACUUUUUAAGGAGUAUCAGGCAGUGCUGGAGGACACCUGUACACAUCACCAUGCCAAGAGGAAGAAGAGGAAGCAGAAACACAAAAGAUCACGAUCGAGAUCUCAAAGUGAAUCAGACAAUGAGACUGCCUCUGUGCGAGAAUCAUCAAAACACAAAUCCAAGAAAAAGAAGAAAAAUCGCUCCGAGUCUCGGUCACGAUCACCCAGCAAUGUGCCCGAAUCGGAUCACGAGGACCGGGAGAAGAAGAGGCGGGGCCAUCCUGAGUCCGACCAGGAGGAGAAGGACAAGAAAAAGCACAAAAAGAAAUCCAAAAAGAAGAAGCAUGUGUCACACAGUGCUUCCAGCGCUAGUGAAGACGAUGACAGACAAAAAGCAUCCAGCAGUGCAAAAACCAAGAAGCGCCGACGAAACAGGGGAGGAGACAAUGGGUCAUCAGAUAGUGAUGUCAGCGAGGGAGAACUAGAGAGGAGGAGGCACCAACUUUUACAGCAGCUGGAGGCGGAUCAAUAAAAAAAACAUUGGGGCGGGGGACUCAAAAUCUGGAGAGGAGGCACCAACUUCUACAGCAGCUGGAGGAUCAAUAAAAAAAACAUUGGGGUGGAUGAUUCAAAAUCUGCAGAGGAGGCACCAACAUCUAUAGCAGCUGGAGUUGGAUCAAUGAAAGGACACUGGGGUUGGGGACUAAAGAUUUGGAAAGGUGACACCAACUUAUGUAGUAGCUGGAUGUCGAUCAAUUAAAAAUGAACGAGAUGAAGGGAUGAAAAUCUGCAUAGGAUGCACCAACUUCUUCAGCAGCUGAAUGUGGUUCAGUAAAUAAACACUGGGACGAGGACUGAAGAUUAUUUUACUUUCAAAAAUUUUAUUUUACAUAUUUCAUCGUUAAUCAUGUACAUUUAAUUAUCUGGACUCCGGGCUGUAUGACAUUGUGUACAGUCUGUGUGCCUGUAUGCAUCGUGGCACCAGAUUGAUUUCAAUUUUAACGUAUCUUUUGUAUUUAAAAAUUGCAUAUACAUGUGUCGACUGAACUGAAUAAAAUUUGGGGCAUCAAACCUGAAAGAUUUA